GUCACUAACCCUGCCUCGGGCCCCCUGAUCGCACCGCUCUGGCGGCUGAGUGAAGAUUGGAAGGUUAACCAGUAGAGAAGGGCUGCUUGGUUCCACCGCCUUGUAGUGUGCAGUAAACAAGCGACAAUUUCCCACCUCUCACCCCCAAGUUGCCAUUCUUAAACGCUACUCACGGUGCAUCGUCCUCUCCCGGCUGUCUUUUUAUUUAUUUUUCACAUCAUCUCAUCUUUCUAUACAUUUAUUCUACACUCUGUCCAGCUUGUUCCAUGACUUCUUGCCCGUCUCCAUGGCGUACAGAUCCCGCUUUUCAUUCUGGGAGAAAAAGGUUAAAGUUGAGAACAAACCAGAUUCUGAUGGAGAUAGCAGUCAGCCUCAGGCAGCUGCUAAAUCUGGGUUAGACACAGGAAGCGGCGCACAGUCAGCGGCGGCGGCGUCGGUGGAUGAGUCAAACAGCAACGCUGCCAUGGGCGGCUCGGACAGUCCGGGGGAGGAGCAGAGCUCAAGCGGUAAACAGGUGGUGAGGGUUGGGAGGAGAGUAGGCAGGGACGUGGCUCCUGCUCUGCCGGUUGACCAGAACCUCCCUGGCGUCUCGGUGGCUGCAAAGGCCGCCUCGGCCGCAGACUCCCGGAACCUCCGAAUUGGCACAGCGACUCGGCAGGACAAGGACGAUAUCUCCAUGGGUUUGACUAGCCUGAUGGGCAGAGGCAAGACCAAGGAGCACCGGCCUCGCACCCGCACCCAGGAACGCCACGAGGACACGACAAACAAGGCGAUGGAGAAGGAGGAGGAGGGGAAAGGACAGGUGGAGCAAGAGGACGAAAAAGCUGCCGUGGAAAAAACUGAGGCUGUCACAUCUGUGGCCGCUGCUGCAGAACCAGACCCGGCACCGCCCAAAUUCAACCCCAUCACCGCUCCCAAACACGACCCAUUGGCCCCGCCUGCCGGUUUCAUCCCGCUCCCCAAGCAGAACCUGUUGACACCUGCACCUGGCUUCAACCCCGCCAGGAAAUCCAGUCCGGGGUCCACACAGCAGAAUCCCCUCGCAAGACCCCCGGGAUUCAUCCCCGUCCAAAGAACGGACCCCCUGGCUCCUCCUGCAGGGUUCAUCCCAAAGCCCCGUGUGGUUGCUGUAAAGAAGCCGGAGGGAAAGGAGACACCUUGUCCCCCCGCGGCCCCCGACAGUAAGCCGCCCCCCGUUGCUCUGCCCCAGGCUCAGUCUGCGCCGAAUGAACAGGCGUGUGUUCAUCUAGCUGCGAAGGUCCCGGAGCUGGUUCCUUCUGAGGAGGACUACAAGCGCAUGAGGAAGAUCUUCGCCACCAAUGGCAAUGAUUGUGCCAGAGGCCGCAAAUCCUCUCAGUCCAAGCCUGUUGAGGACCCUGUGGCCAUCCUUAAGGCAGCACAUUCGGCUGCAGCUAAGGGAAAGACUGAGGAGCAGAUAACGGCCGAGAGAUCGUGGUAUAACACUGAGAAAGUAUGGCUCGUCCACAAGGAUGGCUUUUCCAUGGCAACUCUCUUGAAGACUGAGGCGGGCAGCCUGCCAGAGGGGAAGGUGAAAAUCCGCCUGGAGAGUGACGGAUCUUUAUUGGAUGUGGAUGAAGAUGAUGUAGAGAAGGCAAACCCGCCCGUGUUUGACCGAGUGGAGGACCUGGCCUCUCUGCAGUAUUUGAACGAGUCGAGCGUGAUGCACUCCCUGAGGCAGCGGUACGGCGGUAACCUGAUGCACACCCAUGCUGGGCCCAACAUGGUGGUCGUCAACCCCAUUAGUGCCCCCUCGAUGUACUCUGAAAAGGUUAUGCAAAUGUUCAAGGGCUGCAGAAGGGAGGAUACUGCCCCUCACAUUUACGGCGUGGCACAGGCUGCCUAUAGGAACCUUCUGACCACUCGACAGGAUCAGUCCAUCGUCCUGCUGGGCAAGAGUGGGAGUGGCAAGACCACCAACUGUCAACACAUCAUUCAGUACCUAGUCGCCACGUCUGGCAGCACCAACAAAACAUUCUCCUCAGAGAAAUGGCAAGCGGUCUACACAGUUUUGGAAGCAUUUGGCAAUGCGUCUACCUGUAUGAAUGGGAAUGCCAGUCGCUUCUCCCAUAUUGUUUCAUUGGACUUUGACCAGGCAGGCCUGGUGACAUCAGCCUCUAUUCAGACUAUGCUUCUGGAGAAGAUGAGGGUGACAAGAAGACCAGAGGGAGAGUCCACUUUUAAUGUAUUUCACUACCUGAUAUCUGGAGGAGACGGCUCUCUUAGAACAGAGCUGCACCUUAAUCACUUUGCUGAAAACAAUGCAUUUGGAAUAAUGCCUCAAACAAAGUCUGAGGAUAAGCAACGGACCUCCCAGCUGUUUUCCAAGCUGCAAGCAGCCAUGAAAGUUCUGGGGAUCAGUGGUGAUGAGCAGAGAGCCUUCUGGCUCGUCCUCGGGGCCAUCUACCAUCUGGGGUCUGCAGGAGCUACAAAGGCUGGCAGGAAACAAUUUGCACGUCACGAGUGGGCCCAGAAGGCUGCCUACCUGCUGGGCUGCACCCUGGAGGAACUCUCCUCCUCCAUCUUCAAGCACCAGGCCAAGGGCACCCUGCCCAGAGCCAGCUCCAUCCGCCAGGCGUCGGACGAAAAUGGCACAGCAGAUGCAGGAUCCAAGGGUUCAGCCAUGGAGUGUUUAGAGGCCAUGGCGUCGGGGCUUUACUCUGAACUCUUCACGACCAUCAUCUCUUUAAUAAACCGGGCUUUGAAAUCCAGCCAGCACUCCCUGUGCUCUCUGCUCAUUGUGGACACACCGGGCUUUCAAAACCCCAGGCUGGCAAAGCGCGAGUGCGGCGCAACCUUUGAGGACCUAUGCCACAACUACACCCAGGAACGGCUGCAUACCCUCUUUUAUCAGCGCACCUUUGUUCAGGAGUUGGAGAGAUACAAAGAUGAGAACAUCGAGCUUGCUUUAGAUGACACGGAACCCAGCACCUCCUCGUCGGUGGCAGUAGUAGACCAGACCUCCAGCCAAGCGCUGGUGCGGACGAUGCGUACUGAUGAUGCCCGGGGCCUGCUGUGGCUGAUGGAGGAAGAGGCGCUGCAGCCGGGGGGGUCAGAAGAAACCCUGUUGGAACGUCUCUUUAGCUACUACGGACCUGCUGAGGGCGAGAGCAAAGGUCACACUUUCCUCCUGAAGAGCGAAAAGGAUCAUCAUUUCCUGCUGGGCCACAGUCACGGAACUGACUGGGUGGAGUACAAUGUCUGCGGGUGGCUGAACUACGCCAAGCAGAAUCCUGCAUCUAGCAACGCUACAAACCUGCUGCAGGACUCUCAGAAGAAGGUCAUCAGCUCGUUGUUCAUGAGCCGCACUGCUGGAGCCACCGUGCUGUCCGGGUCCAUCGCAGGCCUCGAAGGCGUUUCCCAGCUAUCCUUACGACGGGCCACCAGCAUGAGGAAGACCUUCACCACAGGGGUGGCUGCCAUCAAGAAGAAGUCCUUGUGCAUCCAGAUAAAGUUGCAAGUGGAUGCCCUCCUUGACAUGGUGCGGAGGUCCAGGAUCCACUUUGUUCACUGUAUAUUGCCAAAGGCAGAUGCCCUCAAGGCUCUGAGUGGAUCCCUGUUCAAAGGAGGGGAAUGUGAAGCUCAAGGGGAGACUGGAGAUCCCGGCUUAAUGCAGCUCGAUGUAGCCCUGCUCCGGGCUCAGCUGCGCGGCUCCAAGCUGCUGGAUGCUCUCCGGAUCUACAGGCAAGGUUACCCCGAUCACAUGGUGUUCUCUGAGUUUCGACGGCGCUUUGACGUGCUGGCACCACACCUCACCAAGAAGCAUGGGAGGAAUUAUAUUGUAAAAGACGAGAAGAGAGCUGUGGAGGAGCUCCUGGAGACCUUGGAUUUGGAGAAGAGCAGCUACCACAUGGGUCUCAGUAGGCUGUUCUUCAGAGCCGGUACCUUUGCGAAGCUGGAAGAGCAGAGGGAUGAGAAGACCAGGUGUAAUUUCACCUUGUUCCAAGCUGCCUGUAGGGGCCACCUGGCACGGCAAGCCUUCAAGAAGAGGAAGAUUCAGGAUCUUGCAAUCCGUUGCCUCCAGAAAAACAUCAAGAAGAACCGCGGCGUGAAGGACUGGCCAUGGUGGAAGCUCUUCACCACAGUGCAGCCCCUCAUUAAGGUCCAGCUCACUGAGGAGCAGAUGCGAGGCAAAGACGACGAGAUACAGCAGCAGAAAUCGAAGCUGGAAAAAGUGGAGAAAGAGCGGAAUGAGCUGAGACUGAACACUGAUCGAUUGGAGAGCAGGAUCUCAGACUUGUUGGCAGAACUGGCCGACGAGAGAAGCACCGGUGAGUCCGCAUCCCAGUUGCUGGAGACGGAGACUUCAGAGAGACUCCGUCUGGAGAAGGAAAUGAAGGAUCUACAGACCAAGUUCGACAGCAUGAAGAAAAAAUUUGAAUCACAGGAGUUGGAGGUGAUAGAAGCUCGGCUCAUGAAGACGUCAGACCUCAACGGCCAGAUGGAUGAUGACGAUGACGCUGGAGGCGAGUGGCGGAUAAAAUAUAACCGAGCCAUUCGUGAAAUGGACUUCACCAAAAAGAAACUCCAGCAGGAGUUUGAUGAAAAGUUGGACACAGAGCAGCAGAGCAAAAGACAACUUGAGAGAAGGCUGGCUGAUUUGCAGACAGAUAAUGAGGAUGUGCAGCGCUCUGUGCAGCAGCUGAAGAGGAAGUGCCAAAAAUUGACAGCGGAGCUGCAGGACACCAAGCUUCACAUGGAGGGCCUGCAAAGUCGCAACCAUGAUCUGGAGAAAAAACAGAGGAAAUUUGACCUGGAGGUGAACCAGGCUCAAGCUGAGGUACAACGAGAAAGGAGCCAGAGGGAGAAGCUGGCUCGAGAGAAAGACUUAAUGACUGGUGAGAUGUUUAACCUCCGCCAGCAGCUGCAGGACAAGGACGUUGAAUUGUGCGCAGUGAAUGUGAAGGUGCAGCAGCUGGAGGCCGAGCUAAAGGAUCUCUCCUCCCAGGAGUCGAAAGAUGAAGCGGCGUUGUCGAAGGUCAAAAAGCAACUUCGUGAACUCGAGGCCAAAGUGAAAGACCAGGAGGAGGAGCUGGACGAACAAGCUGGAACCAUCCAGAUGCUGGAGCAGGCUAAGCUCCGGCUUGAGAUGGAGAUGGAGAGGCAGCGGCAGACCCACUCCAAAGAUAUUGAGAGUAAGGACGAAGAGGUGGAGGAGAUCAGGCAUUCCUGCAGUAAGAAGCUGAAACAGAUGGAGGUGCAGCUGGAGGAGGAGUAUGAAGACAAGCAGAAAGUGUUGCGUGAGAGACGAGAGCUGGAGUCCAAACUGCUGAGCGCCCAGGACCAGGUGAGCCAGAGGGAUGUGGAGACAGAGAAGAGGCUGAAGAAAGACCUGAAGAGAACAAAGGUCCUUCUGGCUGAUGCACAGAUAAUGCUGGAUCACCUGAAGAGUAACGCCCCCAGCAAGAGGGAGAUCGCACAGCUCAAAAAUCAGCUGGAGGAGUCAGAGUUCACUUCAGCGACUGCAGUGAAGGCUCGGAAGACGAUGGAGCUUGAAAUUGAGGACUUGCAUAUUCAAAUGGAGGAUGUGGUCAAAGCCAAGAUGACGUUGGAGGAGCAGGUCAGCCGUCUGCAGAGAGAGAAAAAUGACCUGCAGUCCCGUAUGGAGGAGGAUCAGGAGGACAUGAAUGAGCUGAUGAAGAAACACAAAGCUGCAGUUGCCCAGUCUGCCAGGGACUCGAGCCAGAUCAGUGACCUGCAGGCUCAGCUGGAAGAGGCCACGAAGGAGAAGCAGGAGAUCCAAGAAAAGCUUCAUUCGCUGCAAAGCCAGCUAGAGUUCCAAGAACAGUCCAUGGUGGAAAAGUCUCUUGUGUGCCGUCAGGAGGCCAAGAUCCGUGAGCUGGAGACCAAGCUGGAGUACGAGAGGACACAGAUCAAACGCAUGGAGAGCCUGGUGGGUCGUCUAAAGGAGAAUCUGGAAAAGUUGACCGAGGAGAAAAAUCAACGGAUUGCUGCGGAAAACAGGGAGAAAGAUCAGAACAAGCGAAUGCAGAGGCAGAUGAGGGACAUGAAAGAAGAAAUGGGAGAGCUGUCGAAGAAGGAGGCCGAGGCGAGCCGGAAGAAGCACGAGUUGGAAAUGGACAUCCAGAGCUUAGAGGCAGCAAAUCAGAGCUUACAAGUGGACCUUAAGCUGGCCUUCAAGAGGAUAGGUGACCUGCAGGCUGCCAUAGAGGACGAGAUGGAGAGUGAUGACAAUGACGACUUAGUCAACAGUUUGCAAGCCACGGUGACAAAAUAUCAGAAAAGAAAGAACAAAACUGGGGACGAGACAGAAACCGAUUCUGAGGUGGAGGACCGUGUGGACGGGGUUAAGUCUUGGCUCUCGAAGAACAAAGGCUCCACAAAGACCUUGUCAGAUGAGGGAAGUUUCAAGAGCACCAGAUAUUCAGCAAAUGCUGAUACCCAGGAGGUGAAAGAGGGUAAGGAGAAGAUGAAUGACGGAGGUAAAGAUGGGAGAGAGGUAGAGCAGACCAGAUCAGUGUCUGUCAUGAGUUCCUUAAGCUACAGGAAGCGUUCCAACCUAAAAGACUCUAUAGGGGGGACAGGCGAUGACAGCUCCCUGUUCAGCACUCUCAAAGAACAGCCCGACAAACCCGACCAGGCCUCCAUGCGCAGAGCUAAGGCGAAGUCUGGAGUAAACCAGGAUUGGAAGAAGAGCCAGGCGCAGGACGACUUGGACGACAAAGGCUCCGUCAUCUCCCUGGCCUACUCUGAGGCCACCAGCAGAGCGAGGAAGGGCCUGGAGUCCCGCUGGACCGCCCGCACCAGCCCGGAAUUUGACAAGGACUCCACGGUGUCCUCGGUGGCUCCCAGCAGGAUGUCCACCAGAAGGGGCCUGUUGGACACGGACGAUGACAAUAAGUCGACCGUGAGCAGCGUGAGCCGCGCCAGCCCCCGGUCGCUGGCGCGCAGCAGCUCGUGGAAAGACGACAGGCGGGGCGGCUCGCGCCUCUCCGUCGCCCGCAGCUGUGGCCUCAGCGAAUUGGGCCUGCGUCUGGACGACGACGAAGACGACGAUGGCCACAGUGUGGCUCUCACCGAGGGCGGAAGGUCCUCUUUCAGUCCCCGCUCCCUCAGUCGUAGCUUUUCUACCCCGGCCCAACCGCGCUCCUCCGACAGAAAUCCGCCGGAUUCAUCGGACAUCAAGACGGUCACCCACCGCAACUACCUGGACCCCGACUUGGAGGCCGCCAUCAAUGAGGUGCUGAGCUUCAAGCCCAUCAAGUUCAAGCGCAGCAAACUCGACGAGUCCAGUGAAGAGGAAGAGGAUGAGAAGAAGGGGUUAGGAAGCCAGGACGGUAGGAAGAGGGCAGAAGACGGGGGGCUCGGCUGCAGCACAACCGGCCUGCUUCGCUCGGCGUCAGGCUCCGCCCUGGACUACACCCACCGGCCGGCAAGCACCCAAAGCACCAGCAGCUCCCGCAGUCGGAAAGACAAGAAAAGCAAACUCUCGCCGUCCUCCUCUUCCUCCUCCCCCUCCUCCUCCUCCUCAGAAGGCCGGCACAGCAGAAAGAGCUCAAGGGGGAAGAAGGCCAAGAAGUCCAAGAAGAGAUCUAAGAAGAAGAAGCAAAGCGAGUCAGAGGAUUCCUCUUCCUCCUCCUCCUCCUCGUCCUCCUCCUCCUCUUCCUCCAACUCGACCAUCUCCUACCGCAGCUCCAGCUGGGCCCCAAAAAAAACCUCUGACGAUGACGAGCCAGAGCCUGCGGGUUGGGGGCCAUCAAGCAAAAAGGAUUCCAAGAAGAAGCAGAAGAAGGUGGAAAGGCUGGUGAUGAAGUACCGCUUUAAGCCCGACAGUGACUGAGGCCAUAGUGGAAGACACCUGAGUGUCGGCAGAUCUGACGAGGAGGAGGAUGAGGUGGACAGAGACGCCGGCCGGCAGUCGAGGGGGCCGAGCACAGAGAGUGCAUCGUAGCCUCCAUUAGGGUCAACUCAAGCUUUCCAGUGACAUCAGACACACAAGUCCAGCUGCUUUCAGAGGCAUGGACAGAGUAUGCACAAAAUAUAUAGAUGCACAAUAUAUAUAUAUAUAUAUAUAUAUACCUAUUACACUUAAUCGCAUAACGAAGUGAUGCUGCCUCCGUGUUCUUUUGUGUCCACAGCAUAUUGAAUAAGUUAGUUCAUACGGAGGAGGGAAGUUCUAUGAAAAGAACUUCCAGCAGCUACUUAAUUUAUAAGAGCAGCUUUACAGGCAAAGAUGUGCCCUCUUCUGCACUAUGCUCUGACUUUUCAGAUAGCUUAGCAAAGAGGAUUUAGAUAAGACGGAUGUGGCUACGCUCCUCCAAGAAGGUCUGACCGGCCAUCAAGGCCCCCCCCCCCCUCCCCCAUUAUUGUGGACUAUAGCAGUUGGGAGGAGUUGGCCUGUUUUUCAAUUAAAUAUCUUGCCGUCGGUUUACAUGUGGUUAAGAUGUCUAUUAUCAAGGGGGACUCGGUCAUGAUUGCUGACAUCAAAGUGUGGUCAUUUUAGGAAUUACAUUUCUAUUUGAGCCAAGCUGUUAGAUGUGAUGCAUAUGUUGGAAAAUGAUCUAAAAGUGUAUUUAAAUGGUAUACGUAGAUGUAUAAUUGCCUUUAAAUGAAUAUGAAAAAGAUACAAUUUAAGAUUUUUUUAAACCUAGUGGUUGCAACACUUAAAAUAAGACUUAUGUCAUAUUUCCUGCCACAAUUACUUGGUUCUUUUUGAGGCUUUACUGUGCUUUUGUUUGCUUAUGUCAGAUUCUGAAGUUCAAAGGGAAUGUGUUUGUUAUUUUAAAUUAGCUUUCUUUUGGAGCUGUCGAGACCAUGCAGAUAUAUGAUGAGAUGCAUUUUCUUUUCUCAGAACACACAAACCAUGGACUUCAUAUCAUAAAUUAAAGCUCCUUUUAAUGUCAAAUAGAAUAACAGGAUAAUUCCAGUAGGAUGGUGUUCAUUUUGACGGUUUAUUUGCUUGUUUCUCUUACAUGUGUGCGGUGCAGAUUGUUGUGAGUUUUUUUUUUUUGGGUUGCUAUAUUGGUUCAGGCAUUAAAAUAAUUACACCCUUUUCAGCGCAACAUGGUUCUUUCAAUUGUAAGUAAACCCCAUGUUUUCUUCAACUUAUGCAUUUGAGAAAAUGUGUGUUGUUGGAGGUUUUGUCCAUGAUCAUGAAUAAGUAGCUCUCAUGUUGUUACUGAGUUAUUCCCACACUGUUGUAGCCAGGUUGUCCACGUCAGACUAUUCAUUUAUUUGUACUCCAUUAGCCUACUCAGUAUUAGAAUACUGCCAAAAACUCUGUUAAAGCCUCUCUGCUCUUAUAUUUAGAGAUAUUUUUUAUUUUUAGCUCACACAUGAACCUUGUUGGUUAUCUCUAUUUUUAGCCUCACGGAUGAUUGUGAGCUUGUGAAUUUCGAACUGUAUCUAACUCGCAUAUAGGUAGAUUUAAAUGAGAAAGCAUAUACAGAAUAUGUGCACGUCUGCCUGUGUGCAAAAGAAAAGCUUCAAGUGUCUGACUUCCUAUUUGCAUAUCUUCUCAGAAGAGGCUAAUCUGCAUUUCUUGUCUUAUUUUCUCCUUUUUUUUGUCUUCACAUGAAUAUUAAUGCUGAGCACAGGAAACUUUGAUGUCAGUGAUUUAAAAUAGACUUGUUAACUGGAAAAAACUAAAACGCUUUGAGUUGCAUUGCCUCAAAGUUGGAGUUGCUGAUCGUGUAAGUUGAAUAAGUUUGUACACUUUGUACACAAAAGGCUUGUCUAUUUUGGUUAUUCAACAGAUCCGUUAGGAUGUGAGUGGAGUUUUUUUUAAAUAAUAAAUGUGGCUGUUUGUUUCCAGAA